CGUAUUGAAAUUAGUUUGCAGAAUGAAUUUCGCUUUCUCAACUGCAUUUGAUGUUUCAGAAAUGUACUGGAGGCUCCAGCAAUUUCAAAGAAGUCACUGGAAGCUCCAAAAGGAUUUGAAAUCUACUUGCAGUCGACUUCGUAGCGUAUUAAAAUUAGUUUGCAGAAUGAAUUUCGCUUUUUCAACUGCAUUUGAUGUUUCAGAAAUGUGCUGGAGGCUCCAGCAAUUUCAAAGAAGUCACUGGAAGCUCCAAAAGGAUUUGAAAUCUACUUGCAGUCGACUUCGUAGCGUAUUAAAAUUUGUUUGCAGAAUGAAUUUCGCUUUUUCAACUGCAUUUGAUGUUUCAGAAAUGUGCUGGAGGCUCCAGAAAUUUCAAAGAAGUCACUGGAAGCUCCAAAAGGAUUUGAAAUCUACUUGCAGUUGACUUCAUAUCGUAUUGAAAUUAGUUGGCGGAAUGGAUUUCGGCUUUUCAACUGCAUUCGCAGUUUCAAAAAUGUGCUGGAGGCUCCGGUAAUUUUCAAAGAGUCGCUGUAGGCUCCAAAACAACUUGAAAUUCACUAGCAGUCGACUUCAUAUCGCAUAGAAAUUGUUUUGCAGAAUGAAUUUCGGCUUUCCAAAAGCGUUUAAAGUUUUAAAAAUCUGCCGGAGGCUCCAGUAAUUUCUAAAAAAUUGCUGGAGGCUCCAAAACGACUUGAAAUCCACCUGCAGUCGACUUCGUAGCGUAUUAAAAUUAGUUUACAGAAUGAAUUUCGCAUUUUCAACUCCAUUUUGAUAAAAUUUUGUGAGAAUUUCAAGUUUCAAAAAUCUGCUGGAGACUCGAGAACUUCUCUAAAUGGUCUGAAACAGUUUCCAAUCAGUUUGGCAGAUCGAAAAUAGGCUAUAUCCCAAAUUUCAGCUUUCUAGGUCAAUUUGCUAAGAUUCUGAUUUUUUCUCUCAUUUUUGGUCUAAAUUUAAUUUUCAAAAAUUCACUAUAAAAUCGAAAAAAGCACUAAGCUCUUGAAAUUUUGACAGGUGAUGAAUUUUUGCCUGCUCCUUCGAUCUACCGUUGUGCGGUUUAAAAAAUAUCAUGCAAGUCCCUAUACUGGAACGCAAAAUCUGCGAUUGCGGCUGACCUGUCAAUCAAAAUGGCCGCCAUUUUGUGAGUAUUGGGCUGGAAACGUUCCUUAGGACUCCCCCUUUUAGAAAAAAGCUGUCCCGGAGGAUCAAGGGGGGUGCAAUAGAUCCUUAUGUGGGCCCCCCGACUAUGAUGUUGUACAUAGGUACUUGUAUAUGUAUAUAACGAAAUUACUCGUUGAAUCUGAAAAGGUUCAUCAACAUGAAGAUAAAUCUUAUUUGAAUAAGAAUCUGUUCUCUUACAGUAUAGGUACCUACUUUCUCGUACAUGUACCUUAUACAUACAUACGUGGCUUACUACCUAGUUGAUAUCUAAACGAAAUAAAAUGGUGCUUUUAAGCAAACUUUUCUUCUUUGUUUGGAUACCGUAUUAUGCCUUGGGUAUGAUUUGGCCUACAUCACCACCAAAAACUGGAUUUCGUGAAGUUUCUGAGUCCAUUGAACAGAAAUUGAAGUGGUGUUCCAACGAUAAGCAGAGAGCGGAUGCUUUACGUGGCCACCUUAUCGAUGCGCGUCUCUCAAAACCUGUCGAGUCUGCUGUAAAAUCGGUUGUGGAAAUUGCUAUUGAUAAAGCUAUGGAGUAUGGAGCCAACCUCGGAAAUUUGAAAAACGUGAAUAAAGUAAUGGACAUCCUGUUCCGCGCUGGUUUAACCCGACAAGCCUUAUCAAAUUUGGAGAUGAAUGCACUUCCUCGUGUUCUGUACGUUGACAAAAACCUGAACCGAUACGAUAAAUGGAUGUUAGCGUUAACCAUGUACCGAAAUCCAAUAUUGGAUGCAAUCCGUGCAGCACUAGACAAAGAAGGACUAAAGAUUAGACAGUUUGCCCUAGCUGCGUGCAGUUUACAUUCGCUGAUAUCUCCACAAUUAGCUCAUCCGGAUUUGAAGCUAUAUCGUUUACCAGAAGCUACGAAAAGUAUUAAAGAAUUUUGCUCCUUCGUGGAUGAGUUGAAUUUUGAUACAUUCGUAACCGAAGAAGAGAUGUUUGAUGAACAACGCGACUUCAUGCUUAAAUCAUACAAAGGAGCUGCUCAUUUGGUUUGUGAGUCCGCAUUGUUGUACCCCGAAGAGCUGUUUGACCCUAAACAGGAGGAGGAAGUUUUUAAACGUUCAAAUGAUGAAUUUUCAGCCAUUAUUGUUAUUUGGAAUGCGAAUGAUUUGGAUUUGAAGAUAGCAAAUAACUUUUUGAACGUGGUACGUUCGUAA